GCAGGAGGACAUGUCCUCGCUGGCGGUGCGGCUCCUGCCUCGACUGGCCGCGGUGGCCGUGUGCCUGCUGUUCUGCUACGGCAUCCUGUACCGGAACAUGAAUAGCGGCCGACACCGGCCCGACAUGUCCUGGCUGCUGGCGCAGCAGAACCUGCGGCUACUCGUGCCCAACGACUCGCAGCCGCUGCUGUCCUCGCCGCGCGCCCCGUGUCCUCGCUUCCUGCUGGUCGUCAUCUGCUCGGCCGUCGCUAACGGCGCCGCCCGGCGCGCCCUGCGUGACACUUGGCUGCGCGACGCUGCGUCUCCCGCCGUCCGCGCCUUCUUCCUGCUCGGCCGCACGGCGAACGCCUCGCUCCAGGAGCAGGUGCGCGCCGAGAGCGAGAUGUUCGGCGACAUCAUACAGGCCGACUUCAUGGACACGUACAACAACCUGACGGUCAAGUCGGUAGUGCUGCUCAAGUGGGUGGACAAGAACUGCCCGCGCUCGCGCUACGUUCUCAAGACGGACGACGACAUGUACGUGAACGUGCAGAACCUGGUGAACCUGCUGCGUACCAAGGGCGGCAACCGGAUGCUCCUGGGGUGCCUGAUUCGAGGCGCGACUCCGGUGCGCGACUGGACCUCCAAGUGGUAUGUGCCGCCGUUCGUGUACACGCACCACACCUACCCGGACUACCUGUCCGGUACCGGCUACGUCAUGUCCGGCGACGUGGUGGGCCCGCUGUUCCGGGCGGCGCUCGACACGCCCUUCUUCUUCAUGGAGGACAUCUUCGUCACGGGGAUGGUUGCCCAGAAGCUGGGCCUCAAGCCGGCCAACUCGAACGGCUUCAAGUUCUACAAGCGAAAGAACGAUCCGUGCCAGUUUCGUCGUCUCAUCACGGCGCACUUGAUGACGCCCGGCGAAUUGCGUGCCAUGUGGACCAAGGUGCACGACACGACCAUCAAGUGUUCCUGAUGGUGACCGCAGGGCGCUCCCCGUCGUCGGGUGGCCCCUGAGAAGUCGCGACUACUGCCGCCGUCGCGAAGGCGGCGGCCGCGCUGAACAACGCGUCGGUUGUGUGAGAGAGCGAGAAGCUCGCGCAGCCCGGUUGUGAGCGGAGACGCCCUCGACAACUACGCCAGCACUGCCCGCAUCAGUCGUCGUCCCGCACUUAGCACAGCGUCGGCGUUGCUUCAAGCCUAUCGAGCCGUAUUUGUUACCAGCGGCUGGCGGUUACCCGCAAGUUGGGUUCGUUGGAAAACGAUGCCCCUGGUUCGUUAGUGUAAGAACGGGACUAUCCUUUAGCGUAACCCUCCGACAUCCGGUGGCCCAAGGUGCGCGUGCCGUGCCACCUUACUGCGGGGGCAAUAAUAUUGUUAGGCGAGAAGUUUCGGCGCCUACCGUGCCAUCGUUCGUAGCAGUCGCGUUUUGUUUGUUUCGCUCCCGAGUACGUUGUUUCUUAGGUACACAUAGGAUCGUAUAUAUAUGUAUGCCGUUGAUUUUUAUUGGUUACAAAUUAGGCGUUAUUGCGAAUUUAGGCCGUAUUGAACAAAGUUGCCGUAGGCCAUCACUGGUGCAUUUUAUUAAGAAGGAACGCCGCUACCGUGUGUCACAAGCAUCGGCCGCGCUCCGCGCUUCCACAAAGGUGAUUGCGGGCGAUAGCAGUCAGCGAUUGUGGCGGAUUUGGUACUCACAGGUCAUUUUUUUUUUUUUCGCUGUUGUGCGAAGGAUUCGUGCGCACCCUCGUUUUCGGCUUCGUUGUGAUGUCGCCUUUAUAUUGACGAACGGUGAUGACAUCGCCGAUGUGAUAUAGCGAAUCUAGUGGUACACACACACAUACACACAAUCGUGCGCGCACACAUUCUCAAAGGAGAGGACACAUA